AUGCAACAUAAUCACCUCCCAUUCGGAGGUGCUUUAUGGGAGUUGUCCAGUUACCCCUGUUGCCCCAUCAUCAGGAGCAAACACAGCCUCUCAACACUUCCAUUUUACAGCAUUAGACUAUGGAUUAUUCUUGGUGUUUUGACAGUUCCAUGUUGUGUCCAAUGCCUGAUUUUCAAAGUGGGAGUCUUAGGGCCUUGGAACUGUGACCCUUACUACUCAAAAGCACUACCUGCCAUUGCGUCUAGAUUGGCAGUUGGUCGCAUAAAUGAAGAUUUCAGUUUGGACCUGGGCUGUACAAUGGACUUUAUCAUUCUUCAAGAAGCUUGUGAAACAUCCAAAGCACUGAAUUCAUUCAUGCAAUAUGAGAAUAUAGCUGAUGUGUUUGUAGGCCCUACUAAUCCAGGAUACUGCAAUGCCGCAUCUCUCAUGGGCAAGAAUUGGGACAAGUCUAUAUUUUCAUGGGCAUGCAUGAAUUAUGAGUUAGACAGGGUCCAGGGCUACCCAACUUUUGCACGGACAUUACCAUCUCCAACGCGGGUACUUUUCAAUGUGCUGAAGUAUUUUGGAUGGGCUAACAUAGGCAUUGUAGCUUCUAAUGUGGAUAUAUGGAUAGACACUGCUAUAAAACUGGCCAGUGCUCUCAGAAACCAGGGGCUUCCCGUUAGCAUUGUUACGUCCGUGGGGAUUAAUGACACAAUGAUGGAGAACACGUUGAUGAGCAUCCAAAAUGCAGGGGAAAUAAAAGUCAUCAUUAUGUGCAUGCACUCAGCGCUCAUCGGAGGAGAGCAACAAACAUCUUUCCUGAUAAAGGCCUAUGACAUGGGGCUAACAAACGGUCGCUAUGUGUUCUUAUCAUACGACACUCUCCUGUACAGCCUGCCAUACACCAACACCACCUAUUUCCCACUGCAAAACAACACCAAACUGCGCAAAGCAUAUGAUGCUGUACUCACUGUCACUGUUGAGUCAGAGUUGAUGUCAUUCAACGAAGCAUUCAAUAUGGCAAAAAGGCUGGGAGAGCUAACAGUGUCACAAGAGCCAGAGCAGGUCUCUCCACUCUUUGGUACGAUCUACAACAGUUUGUACCUCAUUGCCAAAUCCAUGCACAAUGCUAGAAGGGCAGGUAAGUGGCUCUCUGGGACCAACCUAGCCUUCUUCACAAGGAACAUGACGUUUACUGGGUUCAACCAGAACAUCCGCAUAGAUAACCAAGGGAAUGGGCAGACCAACUUUGUGAUUUUGGACACUGAUGGCUGGGGAUCUCAAUUAUAUCGCUGCUUUCAAGUGGACAUGAGUGUAGACAUGGUGUUGUUUGCCGGCACGUCCAUUCACUUCCCUGGAGGCUUCCCCCCAUCUUCUGAUUCUAGCUGCUGGUUUGACCCCAAUGCCAUCUGCACAGGAGGUGUGGAAAUAAUAUAUGUCAUCAUAGCGUUUGUGAUUGUCUUCAUUUUAGUUCUUAGUUGUAUUGGCCUAACUCUAUUCAUAAGGGGGCGAAUGCAACAAAUCCAUUUGAUCAAAGGGCCCAACAGAAUCCUGCUAACACUUGAGGACCUGACCUUCAUCAACCCUCAAUUGAGCAAGAGGAAAAUCACCCUUGAGGAUCUUAGUGAUUCAAAAAGUUACAUUGAGGAGAAGAGCACAGGUGACCUUUCCCGCUCUGUGAAUAGUAUGGCAACAGCAACACAUGAAACCUCAAAUGUGGCUGUCUUUGAGGGGGACUGGGUGUGGCUUAAAAAGUUUAAGGACGGACAUUUCAAGGAGGUCAAACAGAGCACCACUAAGAUUUUCACCAAGAUGAAAGAUCUACGGAAUGAAAAUAUCAAUCCAUUCCUGGGUUUCUUCACUGAUUGUGACAUGUAUGCCAUUGUCACUGAACAUUGCUCUCGAGGGAGCCUUCAUGACCUCCUUCGUAAUGAAGAUGUCAAACUUGACUGGAUGUUUAAAUCCUCUUUAUUGCUGGACCUCAUCAAGGGCAUGAAAUAUCUUCACCACAGGGAAUUUCCUCAUGGGCACCUGAAGUCUCGUAAUUGUGUGGUAGAUGGCCGUUUUGUUCUGAAGAUAACAGAUUAUGGUUACAAUGAGAUUCUUGAGACCCAGAAAGCUCCAAAAGAGUCCCCACCUCCAGGGGAUCUUUUUUGGACAGCUCCUGAACUUCUCAGAGAUCUUGAAAAUCCACGUAAAGGAACGUAUAAAGGAGAUGUGUACAGCUUUGCAAUUAUACUUCAAGAAGUAGUCGUCAGAGGAGCACCAUACUGCAUGCUUGGCUUGUCUCCUGAAGAGAUAAUAAGGAAAGUGAAGAAGCCUCCGCCUAUGUGCAGGCCCACUGUAGCUCCAGACCAAGCCCCACUGGAAUGCAUCCAGCUAAUGAAACAGUGCUGGGGGGAACAGCCUGAUAGAAGGCCUUCUUUUGAAGAGAUCUUUGAUCAGUUCAAGCUCAUCAACAAGGGCAAGAAGACCAAUAUUAUAGACUCCAUGUUGCGGAUGUUGGAGCAGUACUCCUCUAACCUGGAGGACCUGAUCAGGGAAAGGACGGAGGAGCUGGAAGUAGAGAAACAGAGGACAGAGAAGCUUCUAGCUGAGAUGCUUCCUCCUUCUGUAGCAGAAGCUCUGAAAACCGGUGUUUCUGUUGAGCCAGAGUAUUUUGAUCAGGUCACCAUCUACUUCAGUGACAUUGUGGGCUUUACCACCAUCUCAUCUCUUAGCGAUCCAAUUGAGGUUGUAGACUUGCUCAAUGACCUUUACAGUCUAUUUGAUGCUGUGCUGGGCAGCCACGAUGUUUACAAGGUUGAAACCAUUGGAGAUGCUUACAUGGUUGCCUCUGGGCUGCCAAAGAGGAAUGGCAACAACCAUGCAGCCGAGAUUGCCAACAUGUCCCUAAAUAUACUUAGCUCUGUGGGCUCCUUCAAGAUGCGGCACAUGCCAGACGUUCCGGUCAGGAUACGGAUUGGCAUUCACUCAGGGUCGUGUGUUGCUGGAGUCGUGGGUUUAACUAUGCCUAGAUACUGCCUUUUUGGAGACACAGUCAACACCGCCUCUCGUAUGGAAUCUACAGGGUUGCCUUACAGAAUUCAUGUGAAUAUUAGUACAGUGAAUAUUCUCCGCUCACUAAAUGAUGGCUACAAUAUAGAAGUGAGAGGAAAGACAGAGCUAAAGGGAAAGGGCAUUGAAGAAACAUACUGGCUUGUUGGAAAAUCUAAUUUUACAAAGCCUUUGCCAAAACCACCAGAGAUCAAACCAGGAGAUAACUGGCAAGACAUGGUGACAGGGGAGAUCAAAUCAAUAUUCCGCAAGGCCAACAGACAAGUGGACAAGCCCAAAAUAUGAGAAGCAAAGAGGGGGAUAUCAAAACUGAAGAAGGAAAGACAGAUGACAAGCUGCAUGGGAGAGACAGAGAGGAGAACACAAGCACUAUCGUGUGUAUCGCUACAGCUUACAAAGACUGCUUUAAUAGGAUUGACUGUUGUCUGCCUAAUCCAACGCUGUCCAGCACAGCAGAAACAAUAGUGCUAAUGAAAUGGCAGCUGAGGAACAGGUAGUCAGUGAAAGUGUUUUUCUUCCCAUUGUCUAAAGCUGUCACACUUGUUCUGUUUUGGCUACAAAGUGCACCCACGUUCAUCCCAACUUUAUCACAGAGGUUUCAAGUUUUGCAUAUUCAUAUAAUUGCUACACAUGGUUGUACUUUAAUAAUAAAAAAAUUAUCUUCUUGAACCAAAAAACAAUGUAGUGACAUAAUCAGAUUUCUGUUCAAAGACCAAAUGUACUCAUUGAUAUUGAUAUUUAUCCGAUGGAUGGACUAUCCAAUGUUGGUUGAUAGCAAGUAAUUGCAAAAGUAAGGUUGCUGAAUGUUACCAUGUUAUCUCUGUAUUGAUGAAAAUUGUAAAACGUGAAUGUUUUAAAACUAUUUUGCUGAUUAAGAAGUUGAAUAAGAGAAAUUACAAGAUGAAAUGCAAUAAUUCUGUGAUUUCUAUUGAUUUAUGUGAAAUUGUAUUUAUACUAUGCAGAAGUAACUCCCAAAUAGUCAAACAUUGCAACACAUUUAGAACACAAGACAAAACUGAUAUAGAAGUGCAUUCAAUUAAAACUUUGCUCUCCCAAACAACCAUAAUAAAGGGUCCUAUCUCAGUCUCUGAUGAACCACAUAUGCUUGUACUAUAUGUAAAAUGAGAUUAAUUAGUUGCUGUGCUGUUUAAUUUGAAUUAAACAUGUAGGCUGGGGUUAUGUCUGAGAGGGUAUGACUGCCUUAUAUAAGCUGGUCAAAAUGAUAAACAACUUACACAUUUUGCAUUUUAAGUGAAUCAAAUAUAUAAAUGAAGGGCAGAGCCUUUUAAGAGACUGAGUGGCAUUUUAAUUAUCAUUUUGUGACUGUCAAAAACAAAACAGGGUUCUGCCUCUCUGUGACAGUUCAGUUUUGCACUCCUACCAUUUUUUAAAUCUAAUUGUCUGUUAAACAUGUAGAUACAAGGAUUGUAAUAUAUAAAUGACUUAAAAGUCUAUAAUUGUUACAUUGUAUAAACAAAUGUAUG